UGGGGACGUUUUAAGGGCUUCGCGCAGCGCAGCGCAGCGCACCGCUGCUCUCCGCCUCCAACCCACCAACCAGACCUCUUGCUCAACACUUGCUUCGCCUCACAAGCGCGCAGGCUUCAUCAUUUAACCUGCCCUUCAUCCUUCGCUCCCGCCAUGUCAUCCAAGCCUGAACUUCUCAUCGAAGUGUAUACGGACCCAGCGUGUCCGUGGUGUGUCGUAGGGCACGCACGACUUCGAUCAGUCCUUCGCUCUUCCGAAUUCGAAAGGAAAGUGGGGGCAUACAUGACUCCCCGACUUGUUAUUCGGCCCUACAUCCUAGAUCCUCGUCUGCCCGCCACCUCUUUCGAGCCCCCUUCUUCGCACUACGACGAUAUCGCCAGUACCAAUUGGACAGCUGGUAAGCCUCCCAGCAAAAAGGAAUACUUUGAAAAGAAAUUCACGGGCGGGGAAGAGGCGCUAAAGGCUUUCGAACAAAAAAUCGACAAGAACGCUAAAGAGGCUGGAGUGGACUGGAAGUGGACUUGGAGGAGCGAGAAUGCCAAGGUGGGAGCGACGUGGGAUGCGCACAGACUUGUUUGGCUGGCCGGUGAGGUGGCUCAAGAGGGAGCGAGCAGCGGUGCGUCCGAACUAUUGCUCGACGCUGCGCAGUCCGACGACGACAAGUAUCCUGCGAGUAGGCAAGAGGUGAGCAUGGAGCGUCUGUACAAGGCUUUUCAUACUACCGACGAUGCGCAGAUGGACCUCUCCAAUCGAGACUACACAUCCCGCUUGGCCCACGAAUUGGGCCUGUUUGCGAGCGUGCAAGAAGCCAAGAAUUGGUUGGAGAGCGAUGCCGGCGACUCGGAGCUGGCACAGGCACUGAUGGUAGCGCAAAUGAAUGGCGUACAGAGCGUACCCUUCUUCGUUAUUCAGGAUGGAAGCGACCACCUGAAUGGAUCGGGAUCGUACGACGAAUUUAUGAAGAUGUUCGACAUGGCCGCAGCGUUGCAUCGCUAACACUUGGCUGGCAAUCCUACGCAACGAUACGGAAGGGCAUCAUAGCGAUGGCAAGCAUCAUCUGCAACCUCGAUGCAUUCGCGUUCGAUGCGCUGUGACUGAUGAUGCUACUUGCAAUGUCAGACUGUUGGCGCAGAGGUAUCGUUCGUCUAGGUCAGAUCCUCGGCUUCUCGACCGCCAUGGAUUGCCGCCUAUUGUGCGAGGCCUGGCAAGGUUUUGAAAGUCAAAAAGGUCGGCUAGAAAUCACCAAUCGCGGAGCUAAGAGGAGGGAGUGUGAAGCUUCGCCCUCCAUCCAUAUAUGUGGUUCGAGAAUCACGAACCUUGAUCGAUGCACGAUGAUCACGGCUCACGAGGCAAAUACGAUGUCUCCUUCGUCAGCAUGUGUCCAUACUUCGCGACUCGACUCGAUGACUGAGAGGUGAGACAGUCAACGUCAUGCACCAACGCUUGCAUCCGUGCUGAUU